ACUGUCAACUGUUGGUUUAACUCACAUUCCGUUUCUCGUUCAUUCCAUUCCUUUACUCUACACAUAACACAACAAAUAAAUUCUUGAAAAUAUUUCUUGAUAGAAAACACAUAUCUUUCGAGAACUGAAAUUUCUUCACGAAAUUUGCUGCAAAUGGACAAAGAACUACAACAGCUGAUCCCCGAAUGUGAUCUGGAUGGUAUUGGCGGUCGUGAAUUUGAGUCUCCGGUUGUGGAUCACCUGCUCGAACAGCAAUGAAAUGGUAGGCCAUCAAUUGGGCGUCAUGGCCAAUCAUAUGAUUCUCAUGGGAAACAUGUUAUGUAGUCCGCAUAAAUCAGUUAAGUGCCUAAUAACGGCGCCAAAAACUGAACAAAAGGAUGCAUCAACCAGUACUCAAAUGUUUCACGAAAAUACAUCUUUGGUUGUGUUAGGUCGCCUUCAUCAAAAGUUAGAGCAAUCGGAGACCAUGAUCUAUGACCACACUGCCAAUAAGGUAAUACAGAUUUCGGCCCCUAGAAAUUUGCCAAUUUUGAAGACUUCCCAGCUGGUGUUGGAGGAUGCUCCACAAACUCCACCACAGCGAGCUGUUAUCAAAAUUACACCCGUAAAGUUAGCCACCUCGGAGAACGGAUGGGUAGCCAAAUUGGAUCCACCAAGGACUAAAAGUACCCCAUCAAGGGAGUUAGUCACAGAGCCACUGCAGCGCUGCACCACAAGUCCUGAUUUUUUCAGGCUGCACCGCCAACUCUGGCGUAGAGUCCCCAUACAGAAUUCAACUCUGCAGCUUACCUUGGCUGUUAAAAGUGACCCACAGAUUACCAGGACUGAAAGCAAUAGGGCGUCUAAGGGCAAGGGUCCCAGCCUAAUUCCCAAACUGAUUCCCUGUCAGGGGAUCACUGUUCCAAAUGUGCCCAGUUCGCCUAAUUUGGCCAAAACUCGGACUCCUGUACAAAGGCAAGGUAACGGUGAUGUAAAAGUGGCCCCAAAACGCAUGAACUUGACCAAGAAAACUGAGGCCACGCCUGCAAACAGAAAGCCCCCAGCAAAAACCACCAAAUUAAACGAGCCAAAAAGCAUCAGUACUCCAGUGGCUGCCCACAGACGUCCUGGGUGUGUGGAGCCAGACCUCCAGCAACAGAAGAACCUUCUUGAAUCUCUGGUCUUCCGGCAGUCUGUGGAAAAUCAGCGUCUAAAGGCCAAAUUUCGAGAGGAGCAACAGGGACUUAUGGCCCAAAUGCUCGGUGAUCUUAACCAAGCCAUCGAGAUCUCCAAUGGACAGCCCCAGCAAUUGCAGCCAUAAUUGAUCCAAAGACCGCAGAAAAUAUAUCAAAAUUUAAACGUU